AUGGCCGCGACAAUCGUUGCCAGGCCGCUGACACACAACCAACUACGCCGAUUCUUGGGGAUGGUGAACUACUAUCACCGUUUUCUUCCCCAUGGUGCCACUAUACUGCAGCCUCUCAACAGCCUGUUGAUCCACUCCAAGAAGACACUAGUGAUGACCGAGGAGGCCGUCAGGUCCUUCAAUGACGUCAAGGCCGCACUUGCCUGCGCAACAUUGCGUGCCUAUCCUCGCUCAGAUGCUCAGCUAACUCUCAUGGCAGAUGCUUCCAGCACUGCCGUUGGUGCGUCACUUCAGCAAACUGUUAGUGGUGUUCUAGAGCCUCUGGCUUUCUUCUCGAAGAAGCUCAACCCAGCAGAGACUCGCUACAGUGUCUUCAGCCGAGAACUCCUCGCUGUCUAUCUAUCCAUCCGGCACUUCCGCCAUUUCCUCGAUGGUCGUGAAUUUGUUGUUCUAACAGAUCACAAGCCACUCGUUUUUGCACUGAGGGCCUCUCCCGAUCGAUACUCGCCCCGUGAAAUUCGUCAUCUAGACUUCAUCUCACAGUUUUCCUGCGGCAUCCAACAUGUCCACGGUAAGGAAAAUGUGGUUGCUGAUGCUCUUUCAAGAAUCGAGAUGGCUUCCGUCAUAGCAGACGCCAUAGACUUCACGCUCAUGGCUGAGGCUCAACGAUCGGAUGGCGAACUCCCCCAAUACCGCCACGAGGACUCUUCUUAA